AUGGCCGCUGAGGCAACAAACACGACAUCUAGAUCUAUCACAUUCGAAGGCGGCCACACGCCAGGAUACCCACACCCGUCAAGUGUGUUUCCACAACUUUCAAGCGCGUUUGCUCAGGAUUCGCGCGCGUCGAGCCCACCAUCCACGCCAUCUCCUGCCCCCAAACCCACCAACCGACCUCCAAAACCCGCUCCGGCACCACCACCGCGAUGGACAGUCGAGAAGGUCCGUGAACUUGGACAAGAGGUGUUUGGCCAGCGGCCGUGUCUGUCCCAAAUACACCCAGCACUGGCUCUAUUAGCGGGAAAGGAUGUCGUUAACGUGGCUGCGACUGGUGUCGGCAAGACGAACGCGUUCUUGCUGCGUCUCCUCAUGGCACGGAAGGAUGGCGAGGACAAGAUGAUAUUUGGGGUGACGCCGCUGGUUAUGAUUGGGGAGCAGAUGAAGGAGAAGCUGGGAAAGGCAAUCCUUCGCGGCGAAUACCAGGUGGUUACGGUCAGCCCGGAAAUCAUGGAUUCACAGCCCUUCCAAGCGCUAUUCAAGAAUGUGAAGAUUAAGGAACGACUGCUAUAUGUCGUUUUCGACAAGGCACAUUGCAUUUCGGCCUGGGGCAAGACAUUCCGUCCCCAUUACCUCCGUGUUGGGAACCUGCGCCAUCUCCUUCCGCCGCAGGUCCUCUUCUUCAUCACAUCGGCAGCGCUCCCCCGCCAUAUUCUGGACGACAUUAAACAGAUACUGCGGCUUCAAACGGGCGACGGCACCAAAUAUUUCAUUCACUCUAACGACCGCCCCAACAUCCAUCUCGUCGUCCGCCCAAUGCGGUACGCCGUCGCUAGCUACAAGGACCUCGCAUUUCUGAUCCCACCAAACACAACGUCUACUUCACCUCCCCCGAAAUUUCUUGUGUUCAUGGACAACAUCGCGGCGUGUGAGGAAGCGGUCGAAGUCUGCUACUUCCAUUCCACAAUGACGACGCAGUACCGCUCGAACACCUUCGAUGACUUCAAGGCUGGUGAUAUCUGGGGCAUGGUCGUGACAGAUGCGUUUGGAAUGGGCCUUGAUAUUCCCGACAUCAAGCUCGUUGUGCAGUACCGUCUGCCACGCGGCGGCGAUGUGUCUGCUUUAUGGCAGCGCUUCGGGCGUGCAGCACGCGACCGUAAUGUGACGGCGACUGCUGUGCUGCUCGUCAACUCGGGUACACUCGAUCUCGAGCGUCUUGCUGCCAUUGAGCGUUCUCGGAAGAAACGCAAGGCUCCAGCUAGCGAGACGAUCUCUGCCGCGCCAAUAAAACGCCGCAAGCGGACAGACGGGCUUCCCGUCAUCCAUUGGUCUCUCAUCUACACCCACGAUCCGCCCAUCGAGUUUGCCACAACAACAGGGCUUCUUCUUGGCGUCAACCCGUUGCCUGUUGUCCGGUCUAGUAUCUAUUCGCAGCCACCACUGACUGAGACCCAGUCAAAGUCCAAGGCAAAGAAGGCCGAGUUUGCAAUACGACUGGGGUCCGCCAUUGAUGAUUUCAUCAACGCCGGCACCCGUGGUCUUGGGUGCAGAAGAGAACCUGUCUUGUUAUAUUUCCAGCAUCCUCACAUGCAGCCACCGCUGCAUCUCCAAUGCAAUCCAUCGAGUCCGACUGGAUGUUUGCGUUGUGCUCCUCAACCUUCGCUGUUGUGUUGCGACGUCUGCUUGCCCGAAGGCUUCGGAAAUCUAGCUCCGAUUGACAUGCCCCGUAUUGUCAAAAUGGCUAAGACCACCGUCAAGAAGACUUAUAUGCCAUCUGCAAUAGGCAAGUCCCUUACUGAGGCACUCACCGACUGGCGAGAGCGCACAGCUCUUCAGGCAUUCGAUCCAUGUAUCUUGGAUGAAUAUGGAGUAUCAAUCUUAAUGUCCGAUGAGGUACUGACACGUUUGGCUACAUGUGCCGACCUGGGCAAGAUUACUGACCUUGCAUCUAUUCGACGUGAAACCUUAUGGCGGACAGAUUUAGUUGAUGCUCAUGGUGAUGCACUUUUGCGUAUCAUUACUGAAUUCCAGCCACGGCUGCCUCUUGCCCCCAUUGCUCCUCCACAAACACCUCAGACUCGAACUUCCUCAACAUCGCAAUCUGCUCCUAGCACCAAACGGGUUAUGCACUGCAGCAUUUGUAAACAACCCGGCCAUAAUAGUAUGCUUCUCUGA